AGGUAAAGAUUGUGUGAAAGUCGACACGUAUUUUGCUGGUGAAAUGCUGGACACCGAAAAAAUAAUAAUUGAAAUCGAACAAUGGCCAUGUCUAUGGAAUUUGUCAGACAAGUCAUAUAGUGACAAGUUUUUAAAACAGACGGCAUGGGAAAAGGUUGCUGAGAAUUGUUUCGAGGAUUGGAAUAAUUUAACCAACAAAGACAAAAAUAAUAAAAGGAACUUUCUGCAAAAGAAGUGGAAAACGGUAAGAGAUUAUUAUAUGCGUGAGAAGAAAAAAGAAAACAAAGAAAGAAGUGGUAGCGCAGCGAAGAAGAGAAAGUCAUGUCCUUAUUUUGAUUUUUUGCAGUUUUUAGCAGUAACUAAACAAUCAAGGAACUCGUCUUCAAAUGUAGCUUCCCCUAAAAACACGGAUAAUGACAGUAAUGUAACUGGUAACAAUAAUGAUGAAGAAGACUAUGAUAAACAAUCCGAGUCAACAACACCACAGGAUCUAUCUUAACCAUAUUCAUCGCAGCCAGCGUCAAUGCAAACACCUCUACACCAGAACCUACCGUCAACAUCAAAGCAGACAGUGUCAUCGCAACCACCUGUAUUCCAAACAAAAAAUAAAAACCAAAAGAUGACACCAUUUCAAGAAUCUCUUCUUCAAAGUUUUAAUAAGAAUGAUGAUGACCCUGAUCGACAUUUUUUGUUAUCUUUUUUGCCAGAGAUGUCGAAAAUGACAGAAAGACAAAAUUUCGAAUUUCGCAUGGAAAUGAUGAAAGCGUUAAAUAAAGUGAAGUAUCAAAUUCCAGGUUAGCCCACAGAAACAAUAAGGUCCCGAAUUUCAUCGCCCUUUUUAUCCUUUUCCUUCUCAAAUUAUUAAAAACUUUUAAAAACUUA